AAUUAGAUGAUAUUUCUGAUAUAUUAAUUAGUGAUAAAAUACUAUCAAUUGAACAAAAAGAUAAUAUCGUAACAUUAUUUAGAGAAAAAUUAAAAUCAUUCAAAGAAUCUGACAAAUAUAAUGAAUUUAUUCGUGAUAUCAAUAAUUCAUAUACAGAAGAUGAAUUAAAUCUUUUGAAAGAUAAAUUAUCUCAAGAUCAAAUAUUGACACCUACACAAAAAGAUGAAAUCAAGAAAAAUAUAGAUGAUAAAAUAGAUGAAAUCAAGAAAACUGCACUUCAACCUGAUCCUAAUGAAAAUAUCCUUGUUGAUGAAUUAGAAAAGGAUAUAAAAAAUAUUGAUAAAAACAAUGCAGAAAAAUUACUUGAUGAUAAAGAUUUAGAUAAAAAAAUUAAAAAUGAUUUUAUCAAAGAAAACAUUGAUUCUUUUGAUGAAGAAUAUCUAUCUAACAAUAGAGAUAAAUCAUCAUUAAAUAAAUAUUAUACUGAAAGACGAGAAAAAUUAAUCAAAGAAAUGACAGAAAAAGAAAAUAACUUUUAUUUGGAAAUAAUGACAACUAUAGGAGAUUGUAAAGACUCAAAUCUACUAACAGAUGAAUUUUACAAUAGUAUCUAUCGUAAUAUCGAAGAAUUAAAUGAAAAUUAUCUUGAUAAAACAAAUACCAAAGCAUUUUUACAUGAAAUGAGAGAAGAUAGAAGAAAACAAUUAGAACUUGAACAAGAAAAUGUAUAA